GGGAAGGCUUUGUCGUAACACACGUUCUCGCAGCCGGGCUGCUUCGUGUUGCAGAUGAAGUCUGACUGCUCGUCCCCCCACACCUUCUCAGCCCCCGCCCCCAGGACCAGGAUCCUGAAGACGAACAGGACGUGAGCACUCACCCAAAGUCACCUCUGUGCUGAAGAGUACGCCGGACCGACACGCAGCUCUGAGAGUCCUUCCAGAAGAUGAGAAACAGCUGCCCUGUCCUGGAUACCUUUAGUCCCUUUUUUCGAGAGAGAUUGGACUCAAAGCAACGAGGUCAUGCUCUUUUGCAUUUACUUUGAAGCAUCAUAUUCUCUGCAUGCCUGAGACUGAAGCAUCUUAAAUAGAACGGCAAGAAUAAAUGAGGGUGCGGGCGCCAUGUCUCAGCUGUCGGCCGAAGACGAGGCGGAGCUGGAGACGCUGCUGAGGCGCAUGCUGAAGAGCGUCAAGGAGCGCAUCCGGGGGGCGCCGUCCGUGGAAUGCGCCGAGGAGCUGCUGCUGCACCUGGAGGAGACGGACCAGAACUUCCACAAUUAUGAGCUGGUUAAGUACCUGCGGCGGUAUAUCGACGGCGCCCUGGGGAUGGUCAUAGAGGAAGAAACCGAGGGAUGCGCACGGAUGGAGGGACAGGCGAUUGCAUGGGGACAGGACACGCAGGUGCAUGACGUCACAAGGAGGGCUCGGGAUUCGGCCGAAUAUAAACACAUGAUGCAGACACUGAAGAACACUAUGAUGGUGGUGGUGGAGUCACUAAUCAAUAAGUUUGAGGAGGAUCAGCUGAAGAAGGAAGAGAUGCACAGGAGGAGCCACCGUGAGCAGUUAGAUGGCCACUACAUGGACAACUGCUCUGAUAGUGACUCCUCAUUCAGUCAGAGCUAUGGCUUCAUGAAGCAGGAGCAGCUGCAGGCCGUCACUGGGAAACUGGACCAGGCCCAACCCAAAGAGGUGCGCCGGGAGGCCCUGCAAGUGCUCUGCGCAGCCCCCCCCUCCGACGUGCUGGCCUGCGAGAGCUGGAGCAGCCUGCGCAGGAGCCUCUCCGCCGCCUUGGCUGACCCGGACCCGGAGCUCAGCGAAAAAGUCCUGAGGUUCUUUGCGAAAACCUUUUCGUCUUCCCCGUUGAACAUAACCAGAGAGAUUUAUACUAGUCUGGCUAAAAGUCUGGAGUCUGACUUCCUGGUGCAGAAGCUGAGCUUUCCUUCAGGAUCUGCUGUGCUUGACAUUAAUAGGCCAGAAGUAGCGCGUCUUCUCAAACAGAUGAGAUUACUCAACGAUUUCCAACAGGAAGUGCCGGCUUUUUGGAUACGCCACCCAGAGAAGUACAUGGAGGAGAUUAUAGAGAGCACUCUGUCGCUCCUGGCCGUACAGUUUGAGUACAGUUCAGGCCCGCAGCGCACAGAGAGGUUUCUGGAACCUGGCCACUUGAUUGCCUUGCUAGACAUCAGAGCCACCUGGUUCAAAAAGUGGAUGCAUGGCUACUAUAGCAGGACCGUGGUGUUAAGGCUCCUGGAAAGGAAGUACAGGUCACUGAUUGGAGGAGCCGUCCAGCAGUGUGUCCAUUUCCAGGAGUCCCGCGCGGACAUCGGGGGUCAGGUGGCGGACAUGGCGCGUGUGAUGGGACAGCAGCAGAUUGGUGCAGCCCAGAGGACACUGUACACGGCCCGGGAGCUGGAGUACGCCCACUUCGCCCACUCGCUCAGUGUCCUGGGGCGCCUGCUGAUGUACGCCCAAGGGAGGAGACUCUUCCCCAUCAAGGUGAAGAAACGGAAAGAACCGCUGUCCCUGAUGGACCUGAUCGUGAUACUGAUCCGAACAAUGUACCGGGACCCCAAACCGCAGCUGGGGACUCUUUCCCACGCAGACGCCCUGUCACCCAGCAGCCUGGUGAUGGAGGUGCUCCGGACCCUCGGCGACCGCACGGAUUGUGCCGAUGAGUGCCUGCACUGCAGGGACAUCGUAGAGACGCUGCUGUCUCCCGUGGUCGCCUCCUUGAGAGGGACACAGGUUACGGUCGGCCCUCAGGACGCCACACUGGUCCAUGUAGCCGACAUCCUGGCUCGCAUGGCCGCCACAGAACGUGGCCUGUCCCUCUUCCUGUAUGACAAAGGUUUGGUUUCCGCCGAUGGUGAGAGCACGUCGGCCGCACACGUCAUCGUGCGCUUCACACAGCGACUGCUGGCCUGCGAGUGGGAGCUGGGGGCGGCACACGUGGCCGGUGCCUUCAUCUUCACGUGUCGGCAGAUGUACAACACGUGCGAGGGGCUGCACGCGCUGCGGGCCUACGGCCUGCAUGACUGCAUCGCCCGGGCCUGGAGAAAGGCGAGCUCGCUGGUCGAGAGGAUUCCCACCCCAGUCCCCGGAGCCUCCCCGGACCCGUCCUCGCAGGAAGCCCAGAGCAUCUUGGCCUGGGAGGAAACACUGCUGGACAGCCUACUGAACUUCGCCGCCACCCCUAAGGGCUUUCUGCUCCUCCAGCAGACCGGCGCCAUCCACGAAUGCGUCUCGUACAUGUUCACCAGGUUCACAAAGAAGCUGCAGGUCAGCAGGUGUGAGAAGUUUGGUUAUGGGGUGAUGGUCACUCAGGUGGCAACGACUGCCCCCGGCAUAGCAGCACUGCAAAGCUCAGGUUUUGUCCAGGCCAUCGUCGUGGACCUUUGGUCGGCGCUAGAAUGCGGACCCGAGGACGUGAGGGUUGUCCAGCCCAGGCCCACGCCCAUGGACCCCAUCGACAGGAGCUGCCGGAAGUCAUUCCUGGCCUUGGUGAAUCUCCUGUAUUCCUCUUACGCCGUGUGGGAGCUUCUGGGGCAACAGCAGCUGCCCGACAAAGCACAAUACUCCCUCAGAGAAAUGCCUACCUCCAUUAUCCAUCUGAUCGAUAGGCUGAUCAUGAUUAAUUCAGACGCCAAAAUACAUUCGCUGUUCAACUAUGAGCAGUCGCACACCUUCGGUCUGAGGUUAUUGAGCAUGAUGAUCUGCAGCCUGGACUCCCUCCUGCUUCUGGAGUCACAGUAUAGAGUCUCUGAGAUGUUACUCCAAGGUCAGAAGGACAACACAGUGGCUCCAUCUACAGGCGGAGAAGAUUUUAUCAUAGAUGGGCUCUCUGUCGAGAGGAACCAUAUCCUGGUCCGCAUGUUGGCGGUGGGCGGGCCGAACGAGCGCAGACUGCCUCCGCGGGCCUUGCAGAAGGGCAAUGACCCAUAUCCAUGGAAGAUGUUUUCAUCAUUCCCGCUGCCCAAGUGUUACUUUCCAGAGGCUCUGAAGACACCUUACACCAAGCAGGACUCGGAGAUGAGCGCCUUCCUCACCUCCACAACGCCCGCCGACCGCGACUGGAUGGUCUGCUGCAGGGGGAUGUACUCGAAGGUCAUGACCAGCAAGUCCGGCUUCGUAACAGAGAACGUGCUGGCCGACCUUUUGGAGAAGACCGUACUGCACCUCUCUGCUUCCACGGCUGACUGCUUCUUCCCGGUGGCGGAGGUCAAAGACCCAACCGGUGUUCCUGUUCCAGCACAUUCUGUAGCAGCCAACAGUGCCGCAUGCCAGUCCCUGUCCCCGCUGGAGCAGCUGGGCGUGCAGAUAACUCUCAGGUACGGUGAGCACUUGAAGCUGCUGGAUGGAGACUCUGAAGCGGAUUUGUGUUUCCUCGUGCAGAGCUGUCGGUCACUUCUGUCCCAGCAGCGAGCCCAGGGCUUGUCACAGCUGUACUGUCUCCGUGAGCAUUUUCCGGGCCACGAUUGGUUCGUCUCCACCGUGUUCCUGCUGCUGCGGGGGGACGGAAAGCGGGCGUGGGACCUCCUGCGGAGACUCAGCGGCCUGCUGGCGUCCGCCUUCCUCUGGCCGUCCAGGCUGCACGACUCGGUGCAUCUGCCUGCAGAGGUGGCACAGUCCGGCAUCCCCCUCACCUACUCCUGCACUGCCCACUACGUGGAGAUGCUCCUCAAGACCGAAGUUCCUCUGGUCUCCUCUGCCUUCCGCAUGUCCGGCUUCACCCCCUCCCAGAUCUGCCUGCAGUGGCUGAGCCAGUGUUUCUGGAACUAUCUGGACUGGCCUGAGAUCUGCCAGUAUGUCUGCACCACCGUCGUCAUGGGCGCCGACUACCAGGUGUACAUGUGCGUUGCGGUGCUGAAGCACCUGCAGCAGCCCGUCCUGCAGCAUGCGCAGACGCAGGACCUGCAGGUCUUCCUCAAGGAGGAGCCCAUCCAAGGCUUCAGAGUGAGUGAUCAUCUGGAGUACAUGGAGGGUCUGGAACGGAGGUACAGAGCAAUGGUGCUGACGGAUAUGAAGUCUGUCGUCUCGAAGGCCACCUAGGAAGAACCUUCCGUCAUUGCUGGUCCAGACGGGGUGUCGUACAGCUGAGCAGGAGGAAGGCUCUUCGGAAACUGUUUUGGCUGUACAGCCCGCCAUUUUCCAUCAUAGUAUUAUGCUCGGUGUUUUUAUGACCCUGCAGCUGCAACGAAACCCAAGCCAGAGACAACGGAGCACAUGGACAGAUAGCAUCAGGGCAAACAUUGUUUGAAAACCACGUUCUUAAUUUCAUUAAGAGCCUACAAACCUAUGCCUGGAGCACAGGACACAUGGUACAGAAACACACACACACACACACACGGUCACAUACAGUCCCAUUUUCUUUUUAUUCCUACAUAAAAAGUACUUUCAGUCCGAAAUGAACUAAACUCAGAUGCCUAUCAGAUUAUGGAAUUACAAAAACUAUAUUGUGAUAUUUUUACAAUGAUCCCCAUGGUAAGAUGCUUGCUAAGCCAUGUGGCAGUUCUGCAGUUGGAGAGAUAACAGGACUUUUCCAUGGUGGAUUUAGCACCAGAAGGACUAAACUUAUCGUGUUUUUGCAGUACUUGGCUACAGUUGGCCUUACUCAAGGAAGGGAGCGUCUGCAAACUCAGAAGUGGCUCAGUUCUGCACUGGUUUCUUAAAAAUAUUCAGCAAAGAUGGAACUAAUACCUAGAUUUUUCUUUUCUAAAAAAACAAAAAACAGGAGGAUAUAAGAGGUGUGUGAGAGCUUCAGGAAAUGGUUCAUUUGACACCGGCGAUCGAUGAUUGGCACAGCUUCAGAUUCCCUCUGAGUCCUUAAGUGUUUAAACCGCAGUACAUCAAGUUUUGGGUUAUCUCUGAUAGAACCUUCUGAUAUUUUCCUCACGAAAUAGACCAGUGUGGUUCCAGUCCACCAAGCCUCCCAUCUCUGCACCUUCCAUUUCAACGUAUCCUGUAAUUCCUGAUUCCUGAGGCUGAUUUUCCCCUAAACUGACUUGCAAACAGAGCAAUAUUUCACCUACAAUAAAACCGUGGCAUUAGGGAAUCAAACUUGUUGAUGAAGUUGCUUUGUACAGUGAUUGCUAUUAAAGGGAACUUCUUCCCAGAUGUUUACCUGCAAUGUUCAUCAUCAAAACUUGUUGAUGAUGUCUAGUACAUUUCAGCUGUUAUUUUAAAAAUCAGAGCCCUGUAGAUAUUUAUUUCAGAGGUUCCUUUGUCAGUCUGUGUUUUCAGCUUGUUAAAAUGUUUAUGUAAUUCUUAUUUGGAGGAAACAAAAUCAGUUUCUCUUUCUGUCCUGGGUGCUGUAAAAAGAGAUGAGUGUGGCGUAAUUGAUGGAAAAAUGCUUACAGGCCCUCGAUGGCCCUUAAAGGCCUCGUUCGAAAUUAAAAACAAAAUGAGGUUUAUUAGAUUGGUGUCUCAAUACUUAUAUGAUAAACUUAUGAACCAUCUAAUAUGCGCUAAUUUACCCUUUAAAAGUUUAUCAAGCAGUGGAUGAAAAUUGAAUAUUUUUGUGCUACAAAAUAGAUCCAUCCAUCCAUCUGUUUUCCAUACAAGCUUGUCCUGUUUUAAAAAAGAAUUUCAGUGUAAAUAAAAAGCAACCAAGCAGUAACUAAAUACAUAUGCCUUCAUAUGCAGGUUGCUGAUUUGUACUGAGGUAUUUUAUAUACCAAUUUGCCUUUUAUUAGUUAUGCAUAUUCAUUCGUAAACGUUUGUAAACAGUAUUUGCCCAAAGCCAGUUCACUAGGGUACUGUAAAAUUCUCUCACCAUCAAAGACAUUUGAUUACUGUGACAAGUUUUCUUUAUCGAACUGUAAAUCAGGUCACUGAAGUAUUCAGAUGCAAAACAAUAAAAAUAACCAUUAAAAUAAA